AUGGGGCCUGGCAGAUGGGCCCCAGCCACUGUCUCCCCCACCAAUCAAUGGGCUGAUUUGCAUGCCCUGUCGUGGUCCAGUAGCCUCCCGAAGCACCUGGAGCAACCAACAGAACAGCUUCUGCCUGCCUCCCUGCUGCUGGCCAUGGCCUGGUGGUGCCUAACCCUCCUUCUGAUUGGAACCCUCCUGGCAGUCUCCCAGCCAGUCCUGACCCAGCCAGACGCAUUGUUGGUCUUCCCCGGCCAAGUGGCCCAAAUCUCCUGCAUGCUCAGCCCCCGCCAUGCCACCAUCCAGGACUACGGCGUGUCUUGGUACCAGCAGCGGCCAGGAAGUGCCCCCCGUUAUCUCCUUUACUACCGUUCAGAGGAGGAUCACCACCGCCCCCCAGACAUCCCUGACCGCUUCUCAGCAGCCAUAGAUGCAGCCCACAAUGCCUGCAUUCUGAUCAUCAGCCCCGUGCAGCCUGAGGAUGAUGCAGAUUAUUACUGCUCUGUGGGCUAUGUAUCUUAGGGGUGGGGUGUGGGAUGAAUGCCUCUUGUCUGUCUCCCACUUCUGUCACUGACCUUAGGGCCCUCUUUCUCUGAGCCUUGAUUUUCCUCCUCUGUAAAAUGGGUUAAUAAUAUCCAACAUGUCAAUAAUAACUAU